UUCAGCUUUCAUAAUUAUUUGUCGUUUCAUGUCAAAAGCGAAAUUCUAAGUGCAAAAAAUGUAAAGAAAUGAUGAGGUUAUGUUAGAUUUGUUUAUGGAAGAAAGUUGAGUGAUUUCGUGUUUCUUUUAAGGAGAUUUGAUAAUUAUUCAGGAUUAAAAACAUAUUCAGGACGUGUACGUUGUAUUUAUCUCAUUAUGGUCAUUGACAAUAAAAGGAAAGCCGAGGAUACUGCUCUAGUUCCAGCCACCAAAAGAAAUAGAAAUGAAGUUGCCCUCAAAAAUAAACACACUUCUGUAUUACAGGCUGCUCCUGCAAGAACAUCAAAUCUAUUUGCACCUAUUAUGGUACUAGAAGGGCAUGAAGGAGAGAUAUUCAGUGUGGAUUUUCAUCCAGAAGGUCAAUAUAUGGCUUCUUCUGGAUUUGAUAGGAAAAUAUUUAUAUGGAGUGUGUAUGGUGAAUGUGAGAACAUCUCGGUUAUGACAGGCCACACUGGUGCUGUGACAGAAUUACAUUUCAAUACAGAUGGUUCCAACAUAUUCACUUCAAGCACAGACCACACUUUGGGACUUUGGGAUAUAGUAACUGGGCAACGUAUUAAAAAGUACAAAGGGCACACCACUUUUGUGAAUUGUGUGCAAGGAGCCAGGAGAGGGCCACAGUUGAUGUGCUCAGGGGGUGAUGAUAGUACCUUGAGGUUGUGGGAUACCAGGAAAAAGCAGUGUGGGGCCACUUAUGAAUACAGUAUAUCAAACCACAGCUGUCAGUUUCAAUGACACUGCUGAGCAUAUUUUCAGUGGUGGAAUUGAUAAUGAUAUCAAGGUUUGGGACAUCCGCACCAAAGAAGUCCUCUACCACCUCCGCGGUCACACCGACACGGUAACAGGCCUGGCCCUGAGUCCGGACGGCUCCUACCUGCUCAGCAACGCCAUGGACAACACGCUGCGCAUAUGGGACGUGCGACCGUACGCUCCGGUCGAGCGGUGCGUCAAGAUCUUCAACGGGCACCAGCACAACUUCGAGAAGAACCUGCUGAGGUGCGCGUGGUCGCGCGACGG